GAGAGAGAGAGAGAGAGAGAGCACGAAAGGGGGAUGGGGAAGAAGCCAUGUUGCUCGAAGGAGGGGUUGAAGAGGGGGGCGUGGACUGCUGUGGAGGACAAGAUGUUGGUGUCAUACAUCACUGCCCAUGGAGAGGGCAAAUGGGGGAGCCUCCCUAAAAGAGCUGGUUUAAAGCGCUGCGGGAAAAGCUGUCGCCUGCGGUGGCUCAACUACCUGCGCCCAGGAAUCAAGAGGGGGAACAUCACCUGUGAGGAAGAGGAGCUCAUUAUAAGACUCCACAUGCUCCUCGGCAACAGAUGGUCUCUAAUUGCAGCUAGAUUACCGGGACGAACAGACAACGAAAUCAAGAAUUACUGGAACACGACUCUCGCAAAGAGAGUUCACAACCAAUCACAUCGACCCCCUCGACCUGUUACACCAUUACUCAAAAACCAAGUUAAAUGCCCUAUUAACACUAAGCCCCACAAGAUUACUACAAAAAAACCACCACCACCACCACUCACUAACCCAAAUAUCAUCAAAACGAAGGCAUUGAGAUGCAAAAUGACCUUCUUCUCUCAUGACCAAGAACACAACCCAGAAAUGGACCCAAGAGAAUCACAAGAAGCACCAAGAACUCCUCGACCGGAUUCUUCAAUCGAUCGACCGAUCACGAGGGUCGAUUCCGGCACGGAUAGGAGCCUGGAUUUACUAAGUUCGUGGCAAGUCGGAGUCGAGGAAGAAGAAAGAAAGAACAGUUUGGGCUCGCUGCGCGACGAAUUCGGUACGUUCGACGCGGAAUUGAGCGAAUAUUUCAUGCUGGAUUACCAUUCUCCUCUUCUGGAUUUGGAGGAGCAGUGGUUCUGAGGUGGUUCUGAUUUUGGUGACUUUAGCUACAUUUCAGAUUUAGUUUUUUGACAAGGGUCUACAUCAGCCAAGCUAAGGUAGAUUCUGUACUGUAGGAUCAGAGAGGAGAUUAUAUUUAAAAUGUUGAAUUAAAUAUUCAAUAACAAGGAAAUUGUCCAUUUCCACUUUGUGAUGGAUAUUAAUCUAUUUUCACUUUGUUCAAUUUGGGUAAAAAGAGACUUUUUUUUUUUU